AUGGCGAUACAUGAUGAACAGAAGCGGGUGUGGGAGGAGAAGUUCCGGAGCGAGGCGUACGACCCGACGCCGUCGAACCUCGCGUAUCGGUACGAGCCGCCGGACCUCGCGCGGAAAGAGGUCUUCGCGUCCGACGUCCCGAUCGACACCGCGUACGGCGUCGAAGAGGACGUUGAAAAUCGGCGAGGGUCGAGCUCGGAAGCGGACACGAGCGAGCAGACAAAGAUAGCGGUGUUGCGCGGGACGGGCGAACGCACGCCGCCGCCGGUCAACUCCGCGUCCCGGGGACGCACUUUGUGUGAGCUUUACCCGCACCAGAGGGCGCGAAAAGGAGACACAUCGACGCUUCAGACGUUUUACAGUGUGUUGAGGGACAAAGUGACCCCGGAGGAGCUGUUACGAGGUGAAGACGAGAGAUGGUGGCGAGAGUUUGAAAACCAAGGCGCAAUGGUGAUAAAGAUUGAAGACGGUUGGGAUCUUUUGGACGACGCGAGCGCUCUGUGCGACUUAUCGUGGAUCGGGACCAAAAAGUUGAAACUAUCGACGCUUGGACCUGACUAUCAGUACAUUCGACAAAAUUUGCCUGACAGUAAGACGGGUUUACUUCAACCGUUCCGAGCUAUGGACGAUCACGAUCGUGACGGAGAGGUUGGCGCGUUUGUCGAAGAUUUUCAGGAGAGAACUCGAACGCACGCCGAUCAGUUCAGGCUGAUGGACGUCGAUGCUCGUGAGGCGUGGUUCUUACAGCAAGUCCACAGUGGAUUUCCUCUUCAGUUCCCGUACCUGCAGGGGAUCAGCAUCGAAGCGCUCCUGAAAAAUGUGCGCCAAGUCGAUCCAAACGAGACCACGCAGAGACAUGCGUGGGAUCCACGUUUUCUCGGGACGAGGGAGCCGAGUAUUUUGAAGAAAUGUCUGCAAUUAUGUGAAGCCUCUCACCACUGGCGAAGGGGUGUGAGCGACGUGCGGCCUCCCCCGAGAGAACAGUCGAGUGACUUGUAUAACAACGUGAUCAAGCAAACGGUGGACGAGGCGAGAGAAGAGGAACGGAAGUUCACAGGUGGUGAAGUCACACGAUUGCCCUCAGCCGUGAUGCAACGACGGGUCGAACGAAGAGAGAGUAAGAAGAAAGGAAAACGACACAGCUCUUUGGGUGUAUCGCUCGAGUCUAACCCAGACGUGUUGAAGAUGGUGGAAGCGCAAAGCGAUAAGAAGCUUUGGGGCGUCGGCAUCAUCACGCCGUGGCUCUACUACAUGGGGGUCGGCUCCGUUUUCCCGAUGCACUUCGAAGAUUACGCCUUUGCAUCCGCAAACGUCCUGCUUGAGCGCCCGGAGUCUCAGUCAGCGGUGGUAUGGUACAGCAUUCCGCGCUCCGAUCUUUACUUGGUUCACACCUACUUGCGUGAAACGCUCGGGGAUGAAUACUCGGUGGAUAUCCUUGAAAUGCGCAGGCUGUGGCUCGAUCCGGUGCGCAUCGAACAGUGGAACAAAAAGCGCGCGAGCAAGGACGGCCGAAUCCGAGUAUAUAGACACGUUCAACGCGCAGGAGAUUACGUGGUGAGCGAUUACGGCUCCAUUCACUGGGGCGUCAACCUGGGCGAUGGCUGGAAAGCCGCCGUCAACUUCGCUUACGUGGAUUGGAAACCGGCGGCUGAAGAAGUCAACGAAGUGUACAGACGACUCGAGGAAGAGACCGGAAUGUCUCGCCAUCAUCGUUGCUGUCCAAAGUUCCACGAACUGGAUGACUUUUUCAGCGCUGAACUACUCACCCAACCCUCGGCUUUCGCGCAAACUGAUACCGGUAGAUAG